AUUCCUUCUCUUUACACAUGAGCAAGCACGAUAAAAGUCCACUCUUUAGUUUCCUACAGAUCAAGUAAAAGAUGAUGCACAAGAAGAUGCUACUCGUUGCAGCGUCGAUCAUCUUGAAUCUCGUAUUGAUCAUUCAUGUUCUUUAUAAUAACUCAACCACAUGGAAUCCGUCAUGGACUCAUAGAGCCGCCAAGGAGGCAGAGGACGUAGCCUCUGUUUCAUGCUCAGGCCACGGCAGAGCUUACUUAGACGGUUUAGGUAUCCUUGACGGCAAUAAACCUCCUUGUGAGUGCAACAACUGCUACACAGGAAAAGACUGUUCCUUUCUUCUCCCAGAUUGUCAUGCUGCUGCUAACUCAGGAGACCCUUUGUUCUUGGAGCCGUUCUGGAUGCAAAACGCAGAAGGAAGUGCGGUUGUUGAGUCCGGAUGGCACAGGAUGAGUUACCAUUUUUACGAAGAUGGCUCAUAUGUGUCAGCAGAGCUCGAGAGGAUCAUUAGGAAGCUGCAUAACGUAGUUGGAAACGCAGUUACUGAUAACAGAUUCGUAAUCUUUGGAACAGGAGCCACGCAGUUGAUUGCAGCCUCUGUUCAUGCCUUAUCCCAGACAAACGCAGCAUCUCCUUCAAGACUUGUGUCUGCUAUUCCAUACUACAAUGUCUACAAAGAACAAACUGAGUUCUUUAAUUAUGCAAAUCUUAGGUUUGAAGGAGACGCGUCUGCGUGGAAGAAGAGUGAGCACAAUGAUAAUACGACACGAGUAAUAGAGAUAGUGACUUCUCCUAAUAAUCCAGAUGGGAAGCUGAAAAGAGCGGUUCUUGAAGGUCCCAAUAUCAAAAGCAUUCAUGAUUACGCGUACUACUGGCCUCAUUUCACACCUAUUACACAUCCGGCUGAUGAAGAUGUGAGCUUGUUCAGUCUCACAAAGACUACUGGGCAUGCUGGCUCAAGAUUCGGAUGGGCAUUGGUAAAGGACGAAGCUGUUUAUGAAAGAAUGAAAAGGUAUUUAACUCUAAGUAGUAUGGGAGUUUCAAGAGACACACAGCUUCGUGUUCUGCAGUUGCUCAAAGUAGUAGUUGGUGAUGGAGGCGAGGGGAUAUUCCACUUUGGUUAUGAAACAAUGAAGAAGAGGUGGGAGAUAUUAAACAAGAUCUUUUCGAUGUCCAUGCGUUUCUCGCUCGAGACUAUAGAGCCUGAAUACUGCAACUAUUUCAAGAAACGCAGAGACUUUACUCCUUCUUAUGCGUGGGUGAAGUGUGAAAGAUUAGAAGAUGCAAACUGCUAUGAGAUAUUUAGUGCGGCAAAGAUAAAAGGACGUGAAGGAAAAGUAUUUGGAUCAGAGGAACGUUUGGUUCGAUUAAGUCUCAUCAGGACACAAGACGACUUUGAUCAGCUAAUUGAUAUGUUGAAGAAGUUAGUAUCCCAGGAAGUUGUACGGCCUGACUCCAUCCAAAAACUUAAUGUUGACAUCAGUUCUCUUCAAUUCAAUCAUAUAAAAUAAGUAUUCAUAAGCAUACAUUAUGCCCAUUCUAUGAAAACAUUUGUGAUUGUUUUUGAGAAAAAAAAAAGGAUUUUUGAUU